UUCCAUUCGCUGCUGCUUCCGGGUGCGCUAACGCCGAUCAUCACGCAGAUUCUCCGCAGCCGCAUGGUCCUGUGUUUCCCAACACUCUUGUGCGAAACGGGAAUCUCAUCCACUGCGCAUGUGCUGGGAAACCUCUUCUUGGUUCAUAACUACGUUUCCCGUACCAUGGUGAAUUUGACAGCUCGUUUAUUGUGGGUGGUACUCCACCAAAUUUAAUCACGAACGCAGGAAAAUGUAACAAGAUGGAAGUAAUCCAGAGUCAAAUGAAGGUAUACCACAAAAGCAGCGUAGACGACGGGAUGAUCAAAACACCGACGUUGAGAGGCCACUUUUACGUCCAAUAUUAACACGGCCCCAACAAGCUGGCGAAUUUGCUUCAAGUUCCAGCUAUGGAGCUUCAAGUUCACAAAAUCCACAUCCACCUACACCACAUCCACGAUUCUUAAAUGCUUCUGCCGAGCAGCAAUGGCAAACUGGACAAAUGCAUGGUUUUUCUAGAUUGACUCCAAUAUUGCCUAGAACACCAGCUGGACACGAACCAAGUGGCUACUAUGCUUCAACUUCUAGCAAUGUAGCUUCAAGUUCCAGAAAUCCACUACCAGUUGCACCACCUCCAGGACUCUUUAACCCUUUAACACCGCAGCAAAUGCAAGCAGGGCAGAUGCAUUCAAAUGCUAUGAUGAGACCCCCUCCACCAGAAAUUUAUUCGAAUUUUGAAUAUAAUGGCCAAGAUGUUAGUGUGUGGCUUAAUGUGUUUGGAAAGCUGGUGAGGAUUAGACUUACUGCCGGCAAUAUAGAUAUAACUCCAAAAUUGAAACGCAAGUACACUAUUGAUAGAUACUUGGAAUUUGCACAUAAUAUAUUUUUUUCUGUGACAACGAUGGAGCGUGGUAGCGAAAAGUUUAUUGCAAGAAUUGAUAAUGAACCAGAAUUCAAUGGGGAUGGACAUCGAGUUUCGGCAAGAGAACCAGAUGGGCACAGCAAUAUGUUUGGAAGAAACCUUGCUAUAUUUCGUAGUGAUGUUAGUCAGGAUAUAACUUCCAUGAGAUUUGCAAAUGGAAAUAUAUGUCCAAGUAAAGAUGUGUGUAAGAAGUACAAAAUUAAAGUUGAAACGACUCCGUUCGGUACCACUGGUUAUUUCAUAACGACAUACAAAUUAAGAAGCGGAUAUCAUAUAGGGAUCAGGUACAGUCGGAGGCCGGCCGUACACGAUGUUUAGGAAUCAUGAUUUCGAAACACACGAUCAUGAUGGGGCUCCCACUCCUGCAAAGCACAGAUUUCGGGGGUAAUGCGCGAGUACGUACAUUGGUGCACUUGCGCGCGACUCUCAGAAAGGGUGGGGGUAUAAAGGAGAAAAUUCUAAUGCGCUCCUGUGGAGUUGGUACGUUCGUGUCUGUGGAAGUUUC